CGAAAGACUGCAGGCAGAGAGAAACACACAUACUGCACACACACACACACACACACAGAGGAGGAGUGAAGACUUGUAUAAGAUGAUUCCUUCAGACGUUCCCGUCACCUCCAGAGACCAAGACCCAGCCCUCCUGAAUGCCACAUUCCUGGACUCGGAGUUCCGGUACUCUCUCUUCCCUGCUUUCUAUGGCAUAGUGUUCAUUCUGGGGCUGUUGGCCAACGUUUAUGCCCUCUUCAUCCUGCACCACAUGCGGGAGACCAAGGCCAUGAACGAGAUGAGGAUUUACAUGACCAACCUGACCGUGGCGGACCUGCUGUUCGUGUGCAUCCUGCCCUUUUGGAUCGACUACUAUGUUCGCCGUGGCAACUGGAUGUACUCGGAUGCAAUGUGUCGCAUCACUGGCUCGCUGUUUUUCGUCAACACUUACUGCUCUGUGCUUUUCCUGACCGUGAUUAGCAUCAACCGCUACUGGGCAGUGACACAGCCGCUGGUCGCUGCGUCUUCUGACUGCAGGAAGCGGGGCAUCAUUGUGUCCUUUUUCGUUUGGGCAGUCACGCUGGCAGCAGCAGCUAAACAACUCACGGACCCCGGCGUCCAGGAGGACCAAAACAUUUCCCGAUGCUUUGAAGGGUAUCACAACGACUCUCGCGAAGGGAAGCUUGGUGUGGCAGCCAUCCACUUCGUCAUCAUCGGGAUAUUCUUCGCCGUUUUCUUGCUCGUCAUUUUGUGCAACGUGCGGAUCGCCAUGACCUUGCUUAAGCAGCCGAUCAGUCAGCCAAGACCCAGCACCGGCAGGCGACCGCAAGGCACCAAGCGCCGUGCCCUGCGCAUGCUCUGUGCCGUUGUUGGCGUAUUUGUGGUGUGCUUCAUCCCUCACCAUGUGGUGCAGGGACCCUGGACACUGGCUGUCCUUCAGCUAACCGACUGGAGUCAAGAAACCCGCCAGGGUCUGAAUGAUGCCCACCAGGUCACCCUCAUGCUCAUGGGCUUAAACUGUCUACUGGACCCCAUCGUCUAUUGCUUCGCCACGAGAAAGUUCCGCAAGUUCAUCCAGAGUCACCUGAAGAAGGUGAGAAAUGGGAAGGCCUGCUCCAACAACACCACAACCAUGACCACCAACUUAUCCAUAAAGGUCAGGAACCCAAACGAACUGGUCAGUGUCUUUGAGGAGCCAGAAAAGUAGAAAAAAUGUGGUGCUUUCAUCUCCAGAAACUAGAGAUCCUCAGGGACAGAAUGAACACAAAUAUAUACAUACUGGCUACAAAGUGUGGUAUACAUACAUAUUGGCCAGAAAGUGAAGUACAUAUACUGUACAUACUGAACAGAAAGGUGAAAUGUAUAGAAGUUAUACAGUAUUUGAGUGCACUGAAUGCAAUUAAUGAAGAUUGGACACCAGGCUGCUCCAAUUUAGCCAUGAAACCUCCCACACUAAAAUGACAGGUGUUUCAGUUUCAUUGUCCAACCCCUGUAUAUUUACAAGCUAUGUUGCCAUUGAAACGAUGCAGUCCCAAAGCGUAAAAAUAUAAGUAUAAUCCAGGAUUUCAUAUAUUCCUUUUAAAUCAAUUUCAAAACCAACCAACUGGAAAAAAGAACUCUCCAUAAUGUAUAGUUUUAGAUCAGUCCUUCCCUUUUCUGGUGAAUUUCAUCACACACACUCAAACACACACACAUAGACACACACACCCUACGUCUUCUUUUGCAACUCCGCAACUUUGUCUUCCCUAAAAUGCAGGAAAUUGACCCAGAACAGGCUGAUGAGAAGAAGUGACUCCAGCCUAGAAAUUUAAGAAAUAGUUAUUGCCGGUUCUUUGUUUAAUGCAGAAGGAACCUGGCUUAGUGGUUAAAGCUAUGAGUGAUUGUUCACAGAAUAUUGGGUUCAAUUCCCAGGUCUGCUGCGCUGCCACUGUUAUAGAUCUGCCCCUCUGACCUCGGCCUUCUUUAGGCCUUCUCACGACUCACGACAGCGGGGAGGCUCUUUAAGGAACUGAAAGUGGUUGCAUCACCACAAAUCCACAAAUUAUCUUUUCUUGAAGAAUGCAGAUGUAAAUGCUUUUCUAAUCAAAUGUUUUAUAUGUUUUUAUAUGUGUUUUGGUUUUCUAUUUAUUGUUAUUUAUUGUUUUAAUUUCCUUGCAUAGUGUAUAUUUUGCUAUAUCUUGUUUAGCACCACUGUCCAAUAAAAGACUGAAUACAAUAUA